AUGGUAAAAGCCUUAAAAAAAAAAGCGACAAAAUAUCCGGCCAAACGAUUGAUAAUUAAACCAAACCAAAUAGAUGAUAAAUUUAUUGAAAAAAAUAUUGACGCAUUUAUAACAGAAGAAAGCUUAAAACUAUUUUCCCGAUUUAACAUUGAUGACGGAUUCUUAAAACAUGAUCCAACUUUUUGGGAAUCUAGUGAAAGUUACAUAAAUGGUAAAAAAAUUAUUAAUUCAUUAAAAAUAGUUAACGAUACUGCAGAGAGAGCCGUGAAGUUGAUGGAAGAAUACAAUUCUACACUCACAUUAGAUGAAGAACAAAAACAAUUUAUACUAAAAUGUGUACAAGAACAUCGGAAAAUUUAUCCAGAUUGUAAAAAAAGCACCUUACAACAACAAUAUUAA